UCUCCGCAAAUCCGCGUCAUUUGCAGCCAAAACCCUCGCCGUCUCUCUCGCCUCCCCUGUCCUCUCCCCGUGACCAGAUCGAGCGCAGGCCCGACUCGAUUCGAUUCGAGCCGCCGCGGCCGGAAGGAAUCUCGCGAGCCAGAGGAGGAGCCCCCGUAGGCGAAUCGGCGAUGGCGACCCACCCGGCCUCCCCGACCGCCGGCUCCGGCUCCGGCGACAGGUCGCCGUCCGGGCCCCCGCCGGUGCGCCUGUCCGCGGCGCAGGCGGUGGCGGCGAUCCAGCCCACCUCGCCGCGGUACUUCUUCUCCUCGCUGGCCGCGGCCUCCGCCGCGGCGUCCUCCCCGCACCGCCGCAUCGGCAUCGCCGUCGACCUCUCCGACGAGUCCGCCUUUGCCGUCAAGUGGGCCGUCCAGAACUACCUCCGCCCCGGGGACGCCGUCGUGCUGCUGCACGUCCGCCCCACCUCCGUGCUCUACGGCGCCGACUGGGGCUCCAUCCCGGUCUCCGUCGACGACGACCCCGACGCCGACAUCGCCGAGGGCGCGGCGCGCGCCGCGGCCUCCGAGGAGGAGCCCGAGGAGGCCAAGAAGAAGCGGGAGGAGGACUUCGACGCCUUCACCUCCACCAAGGCGCAGGACCUCGCGCAGCCGCUCGUCGUCGCGCAGACCCCCUUCAAGAUCCACAUCGUCAAGGACCACGACAUGAAGGAGCGCCUCUGCCUCGAGGCCGAGCGCCUCGGCCUGUCCGCCUUGAUCAUGGGCAGCCGUGGCUUCGGCGCCUCGCGCAGGGCCGGCAAAGGGAGGCUCGGGAGCGUCAGUGACUACUGCGUGCACCACUGUGUCUGCCCCGUGGUGGUUGUGCGCUACCCUGAUGAUGCUGCGGGAGCUGCUGGUGGCGACGCCUUCGGGGAUGAGCUGCGCCCGGUGCCUGAAAAUGAGCCUGUGUAUCAUGAGGCGCCAGAGGCGCAGAAAGAGAAAUGAGGGAAGAGCAGGGCACCUGGCUACGAGAGGGAGAAAGCGGAGGCCUUCACGUCGGCAGCCCUUGUGUAACAUGAGUGUCCAUAGCUCCUGUGGCCACCCAUGCUCCUCUGCACCUUUGCGUUUGUACCAACCAGAAACUGUAGAUCGUGGACGAGUCCCCCUCUGCUUUUUUUUAUUUUUUUUGCUUCGUGACAUGUUUCGUGCGUGCUAGUAAAAUGAAAGACGGUUGCUGCAUGCGUGGGUCGCUGCUGCGUG